CGGCAAAGUAAAUGGCCUGAAGUUCGAAUAGGACUGGACUCCUCAAGAUCAAUAAUAAGUACUUCCAACAUGGACUGGACUCCUCACGAUCAAUAAUAAGUACUUUCAACAUUGAACAUGCAUUGAUGUUUUCGUGAUAACUUUCACUUACACCUUGGUUCUAUAUCCAUUUUUCACCCAGUAUUCCCUUGGGAAUUGCGAAUAAGUACAAGAACAACUUCUACACUCGAAAUCCAAAACAAGAGUAUAAGCAAGAUGCCCGCUCCGUUGACCAAAGAAGAAAUUAUCAGGCGCGCGAAAGCCCGAAUUGCAGAAAAGGAGAAAAAGGAGAGGCAGAAAGCCCGUGAAAAACAGGCAAAAGAGGUACAAAAAGCCCGAGAAAAGAAAGCAAAAGAGGUGGCGAAAGCGAAAGCAUUAGAGAAAAAGGUACUAUUGCGUCACAAACAUAACUACUUACUCCAAAAAUUUAGAUGUCUGCUGAAUUAUAAUUUUUACCGGUUCGAUGUUAGUUCAUCAACUUAUAUUCAACAAUAAUUCGUUUUUUUCAGGAGCAAGCGAAGCUGGAUGAGCUGAGAGAGACGGCAUCAGAAGCGCUACAGGCUGUCAAUAAGCAAAAAGCGGUGCUAGACGAGAUUAGAACAAAGCUCCUGCUACAACAUGAGGCGAACAAACCACAACAACAACAACAACAACAACAACAACAGGGGAUUUAUCGUCCUCAAGCAAAAAACGGUGCUGAACGAGAUUCUAGUAAGCCGCAACAGGCGAACAAACCACAACAACAAUAGGGGAUUUAUGAUCGUCCUCAACGUCAACAGGGGAUGAAUAUUAUUGGGCAGCUCACCAAUAUGAAGACAUGGAGGCUUCUACCUUGAUAUAUUUAUAUGUGAGCUACGAAUAAAGACAUUAUACUGAGAUGAGUGAGGAGGAGUCAAUUUAGCACUUUCGAGAAAGAUGUCUUUCUGAAUCCCCCAUCACAACUACACUGGAUGGUAUUAAUCUCCACCAGGCGAUUUCCAUCUGUGAGCGGCUUGCGAGUCCACGGUGUGACUGCUUCCGGGAGACUCAGCUUCCGUAGCUUAUUCCGUAACCUAUCAUUCCUCCUCCACCACAUUCCACCACAUAAAUAAAUCUAAGAACAAUAUGGGAUCUUUUAUUAUCAACACUACGAGCAACAUAAAACAUUACGAGCCCCCUCUGAUAAUGAUAAGCACACCUAUUCCUAUACUAAAUAGAAAAAUCUAGAUCUACCAGAUGCUGAAAAUAUACAGCAUAGAUUCUUCACAAUCGAUCGGGCGACAGCCUUCUUCGCUCCUUCGCUCAUGGAUGGAUAUAGAAGAAUACUAGAGACUCCAAGAACUUGCGACAUUUACUGCUCGAUAAUUCGCAGAAGACGGCGAAGACGCGCCGCCGUGCGUCUUCACUUAUAGAGCACCAACACCAGGCUUGUGCCGGUUCU